UAAUGUGAACUUUUACGCGCCAUAUCUAGUGGCUACUAUCUCCUUAGUGUAAGUGAGGUAUUACUGUAAUGUAAUAAAAAAACAAAUAUAUCACCAUAUCACUUAUAGUGAAGCGUCCUAAAAUUUAAUAUCUUUAUCAAUAGUGAACUGCUAAAUAUAAUUAAAGAAUGAACUGUUGUCUAUUAUUGUUAUUUGUUCGUAGUAGCACAAUUUUGUUUAUGUAAAUGUUGUUAAUGAAUCUAUAGUCAUAGGGUAUUUCUUAGUUAUUCUACAAUUGUUCAAUUUGAUUUCUAACAAGUAAACCAAAUGGUCUAGUGGAUAAAUGGAUUAAGAUAAUAUAAUAUAAUUUUGAUGUAAAUAAUACAUUCUGAAAAAUAACUAUGAAUGAAAAAGAUGACAUAAGAACGGAUUCUACUACAUGCAUCUGCUUGUCAUUCCAUUAAUUCAAUUGUCUUAAAUGGAAAUCAGCAUGUAGUAUGGUCGUAUGUUUUUAUAUAAUGUGCAUUUAGAUGAGCCACCAUUUCUUACUGUUGGUACAGAAGUCAGUGCUAAAUAUAAAGGAGCAUUUUGUGAAGCAAAAAUACGGAAAAUCUCCAAAUCAGUUAAAUGCAAAGUUCAAUAUACUAACGGAUUGGUUGCAAUAGUUCCUGAUGAAUUAAUAAAGGGGCAAAUUAAGAUUGGAGCGAAUAUUGAAAUCAAAUGUAAUGAUAAAAAAGAACUACUAGAAGGAACAAUUCAAAAGAUUCAGGAUCAUAGUCAAUAUACUGUUGUGUUUGAUGAUGGUGAUAUAACUUCUUUGAAGAGAUCUGCAUUAUGCUUAAAAAGUGGAAAACAUUUUGCUGCUAGUGCAACCCUUGACCAACUUCCUCUUACUCAUCCUGAGCACAUUGGUACUCCAACUCGAAAUAGUAUUGUUUAUGGAAGAAGAAGUAGAAAACAUAUUAAAAGUGUUGGGGAAAGUGAAGAGGAAGAAAAUAUAGAAAUGGAAGAAAAAGAUAUUGGGAAAGUUGUUUGUGUUGAAGCUAAUGAUAAAAAAAAAAUAAGAGACAAUUGGUUUCCAGGUUUAGUAGUAGCACCUACAGCACAAUCUGCAGUCAAAACAAAUGUAUUAGAAGAUUACUUGGUUCGUUCUUUUAAAGAUGGAAAAUAUUAUACAGUUCCAAAAAAAGAAAUCACAGAAUUUACAAAAGAAAUUGCUGCUAAAGUGGAAAAUCCUACUUUGAAGACUGCUGUUGAAAAAGCAAUAUUAUAUCUUGAUAAAGAUGAAUUACCUCCUCACUGGGACCGAGAUCUAUUAUUUGGAAUUGAAAAGAAUUGUAUUACAACAGAUAGUGAAGGCGCCUCUGAUAGUGAUAACUCUGAUGAAGAAUCUAUUGAGGAGAAAGAUCAUUUUGUGGCACAAUUAUUUAAAUUUAUGGAUGAUAGGGGUACACCUUUAAAUCAAGCACCCAUGAUAAAUGAAAAAGAUGUUGAUUUGUAUAAAUUAUUUAAGGUUGUUAAUAAUCUUGGCGGCUUUAAUAAGGUAGGUAAAUGUAAACAAUGGAAAACAGUUGCACAGAAAAUCGGCCAUGAGCAGUCUGUCUUUUCUGUCAAACAAGCUUAUCAACAGUAUUUGCAUAGCUUUGAGGAUUUUUAUCGAAAACUUGGGUGUACUAUGUUGAGCCAUCCUAGAGGAGUAAGAUCUCGCAGUAGAUUUAGUCGUAGUAUUAUACGUGAUGUUGAUAAAGCAUUACCUGGAACAUCACUUAGCAGUGCCGAAAAAAACAAACAAUUUAGCUCUUAUGUUAAAAUUGAAUCAAAUGAAAAAAAAGAUAAAGAUAAAGAUGAAGUCAUUAAAGAAGUAGAUGCCUCAAAAGAAAUAUUGAUAUCUAAAAAGUCAUUAAAAAUAUUUAAAGCAGAUGAAAAAGUUACAACAUUGAAAAAUGAUGAUAUUACCAAAAAAAUUGAAAAAAAGAAGGACAAACCAGAAGUAGUUUUAAAAGAUUCAGAAGUUUCUAAAGAAGGUGUAACAUUAAAAAAAUCUUGUAAAUUGUUGAAAACAGAUGAAAAAAUUGCAUCAAUUAAAACUAAUGAAGAGUCAGGUAAAAAAUUAGAUAAAAAGAAGGAAAAAACUGAAUUCCCUAUUAAAGAUCUGGAAACAUUAAAAGAAUUCGGAAUAUCAAAAAAAUCUUGUAAAAUGAUAAAAGUAGAAGAUGUUAAUAAUUCACGACCUAAAACGUCCACAAAAUGGGACACUGAAAUUGAAGACUUAAAAGAGUCUCCUAAAGAUAUCAAAGUUAAAAAAGAAGUUAAAGAAACUACAACUCAAAAAGAUAUAAAAAAGGAAGAAGAAAACAUUGAAAUUCUUGAUUUAAAUGAAGAUGAAAGUGAAACAUCUGAAGAUAAAAAAAGUGAAAAGAAAAAAUAUUCAAGGAAUCUUUUUGGAAAGUCAAUUCGACGAAAUAGCAAAAAAGAAAAAGUUGAAAGGAUCAAACCAACAGAAACUGGAUUGUCUGGUGUAAGAAAAAUGAGAUCUAUUAAAGAACAAAUAAAAACAUUUGUUAAAGGUAUGACACCAUCAUUUAAAAAACCUAAAAGAGGUGCUUCUACCAGCCAAUCGGAUUCUACUUCACAAUCAAAACAAGAUGACGAGUUUCCUAAAGUUACACGUUCAAAGUCUAAAGAUGAGUUACCCCCAAGAUUACGAAAAUUAUCAGUACUUAAUAAUGAAACACAACGUAUACAACUUCCGGUUUUAUCAUGUGCAUCACCUUCUGAAAAUUUAAAUAAAAUUAAAAAAUCUGAUGAAGGACUAGAAAAGAGAAAAAAUAUAAAAAAGAAAAAAGAUGAUAAAGAUGACAAAACUUUAUCAACUGAAUCAAAUAUUCAGCCUAUGAAUAGCGAGAUAGAUUCAUGUGACAAAGAUACACCUAUAGCAGUUGGAGAUGAUUUAGUAGUCUAUUAUGGUGACAAACAUGCCACUACUUAUGAUGCUAAAGUACUGAAUGUGUGUGACAUUGAAGGUGCUAAAAAAUUUUAUGUCCAUUACAAAGGAUGGAAUUCUAGGUAUGAUGAAUGGAUAGAUGUAACACGAAUAGCUUUAUUAAAGUCUAAAAUAUUGGAACCUGAACUAGAUCUUGAUCCAGAUGGUGAUGAUGGAACGAAAAGUGAUUAUAAAGGAAGUGAUAUGAAAAAACUGCCACCAAUAAAUAAUAGGACUAGAAGAUCAGUAACUCCAAGCAUGCCUUAUUCUAGUCGAAAAAAAUCUCCAUUUAGUAAUGUACGACCAACUAGAACAUGUACACUAAAUGAUAGACCCUUAUCUUCAAUUGGAAAAUAUACAUUAAGAGAUAAUUCUGAUUCUGAGAGUGAAUAUUCUGGGAACUUAGGAUUGGCAAAACAAUACAACAAAAGAAACCUUCAACCACCAAAAUUAUCUAGACCAGAUUUUGAUGAUUCAAUAAAACUUGAAACUUCUGAAACAGUUAAUCAAAAAGUAUCACCAGACUCGGAUACACAAAAAAAAUCUCCUUAUCCAAAAACAUAUCCAGGAAAAGAAGAGCUUCUGCAACGUUCUGCCCCAAGAAUACCUAAGUCAUGUGUUUUUAAAGUUCAUAGUAAUAAAUCUGAAGAAAUAGAAAUAUGUGAACAAGUAACAUUAAAACCACCAUUUGAAUAUAACUAUGAAAUGUCACAAUCAAUGAAAAAUAAAAAUAAAGAAGAGGAUGAUGAUGAAAAUGAAAAUGAUGAUGAUGUCAAUGAAAAUGAUGAAGAUAAUGAUAUUAGUAUUGAUAAUGAUGGGACUAGUAAGAUUGAAACUAAAUCAGCAGUAAUUCAUUAUUUAUCACCUAAAGAAAAAUCUGAAAAAAAUGACUGUCAACAUUUACCUGAAAUUUCAAAUGCAAAAGAGUACAAUUUUGCCUUAAAAUCUAAUAUGCAAUAUUAUUCGUCAUCUUCUGAAGAUGAACAAAUACAAUUAAAAAAUAAAAUAAUGGAAGAUGAAAAAAUAUCAUCCAUAAAAAAAUUGGAAGAUUUCAAAAAAUCAGGAACAGACUUUGAUCUUAACAAAAUACGUUCUGAAAUGAAAGGUAUUGGGUACAUACCAUCGUCAUCUAAUAUGAAUGUUGAAAAUGCGAUUAAUAGUGAUCCUCCUGAAUUAAAAGCUGAAGUUGAUAGAAAUCCAGAUGAUCUCGAUGAACCCGAGGAUAUUUAUGAAUUUAAGGAUUCUGAAUCAUCGGAUUUCAUAGUAAUGCCUUCUGUAAUCGAAGAAAAAAAUCGAAGAAUUAUUAAACAUAAUGAACCUCCAAAAUUGUAUUCUUAUGAUAAAUCAGUUGAAAUAUCAAAUAUGCCAGAGUUAACUCCUAAAAUGGAAAUAUUAGAAAAAAAUAAUGAUUAUGUUACACCUUUCCAAUCUGUUAUUUAUCCAGCACUACCAUUUAAAGAUAAAGUUGGUCUAGAUUUUAAUAAAAAAGAAGAUGAAAUGGUAGAUCACUCAUCAAGUCAAUCUUGUAAUGAAACUAGUGAGUUUGAAAAACUUAAUCCAUCUGUAAUAUCACAAUCUAUAGAAAAACAAACAUCAAGUGUAAAGUUGAACACUGAAUCCUAUCCUGUCAACAUUGAAGAAUCUCAUAAGACAGAUGAAGUUUUAGAUUUAUGCAUAAAACCUAUUGAUAAUUCUAAUAAUAAUAUUUUUAGUACUAGAGAAUCAAAUGAAACUGAUGAUACAGUUGAAGAAGAUGAUGAUGAAGACGAAGAUGAUGAUGAUUCAAAGUUGGUAAUUGCAGAAAAUGAUAAGAUUGAAGCUGAUUGCCACACUGAAUCUGAUUUAGUAGUAAUUGAUGAAGAACAAAAUUCAUCUUCUGAACCAACUAAUCGUUUCAAAGUAUCAAAUUCAAUGCAAGAUACCGAUAUAGAAUCAAAAAGUUCAGAUGAAACUAGGAGAAGUGCAUCAUUAAAACAUGAUGAGCAUGAUGAUGAAAGUACAACUUCUUGUAAUGAGAACAUUCAAGAUACACUAGUACAUAGCUUUCAAGUUUAUACUAAUACAGAUCAUAAUCAGAGUAGUAAAACUUCAACUUAUCAAUUACCUUCUAACUAUCAAUCUUAUACUGAUAAUUAUGAUAGUACUAAAUCUGGAUUUGAUAUUGAAGAAACAAGUACAAAAUCAUCAACCACUGAAAGUGCAAAAGAUUCUAUUUUUAAUAUUUCAGAUGAAAUAACUGCAUUUAAAGAUAAAUAUUCUGGAAUAUCUAAUGAUGAGCGAAUAAAAACUGAAAAUCAACCAGUAAAUCUCACAGGCUUACAAGAAUUGCAAUGUAGAGAAGAGAUAGUGGAUGAAGAAACAUUAAAUAAUGCUAUUGAAAAUAAUUACAGUCGUAAUACAGAUUAUAAUGUUUAUAAACCAAGUACAAGUAAAAGUUUUUUCAAUGUAAUUAGCAAUCCUAAUACUGUCAAUAGAGAAAAUUUCUUAGAAACUAAGUCUUCAAGUGAUGAAAAAAGUAAUUUCUUUGAGAAACGAGAAACUUGUUUACAGAAAAACAACUCUUAUGAAGUAAUUAAUAAUGUAUCUGGUAAAAAUACAAGCUAUGUUUUUGAUAACAAUACACCCAGUAGUAAUAGCAAGGAUAGUAUGUAUGAAAUUAGUACUCCAAGUACUAGCAAGGAUAAUUUUUAUAAUAAUAGUAUUCCUAGCUCUAGUAAAAACUUAAGUAACUUGGACACAGAUGUAAAUAAUGUAUUGUUUUGUGAAGAAACUAUACCAGGUAGUCCAACAGGUACACCUGAUGAGCAUUCUGAUGAUCAAGAUGAAAGAAAAAAAUCAUUUUUUGAAGAAAGAGAAGCUGCAUCAGCUAUGUUUGCCAUGAACUUGGCUUUUCGUAAAUCAACUAUUGCUUCCAGAGAAGCAAAAGAUAAUAGUAGUCAAUCGUUAGAAUAUAAUAUUCAUCAAAGGGAUGAAAAUAUAGAUCAAAGACAUUUACAAUUUUUAGCAGAAGUUUCAAGUAGAGAUGAAGGUGCUUAUUUCAAUAAGUCAGCUAUAUCAGAACCUAUUGAUGAACAAGUUGCAAAAUUGGAAAAACCUCAAAUUAAACGUAAAAUAAGCAGUAAUGAAAAUUCAAUAGGAAAACGUAAUAAAAUACAAUAUUCUGCUUCUGAAUCAGAAAAUGAACGUUAUGACCACAAUAAAGUACAAAUACCUACUAAAGAUGGGAAACCUUUAGUCAUAUUUACUCCUGAAAUGGAUUCUGCACAACGACAAGCUGUUAUUUUGUCUAAAAUAAAUGAACUAAGAAAAGAUUAUAUCUUGGUUAAAGCUCGAAUUGUUGUUGUCGAUCGAAGGAGGAAAAAAAUAAGAAAACGUAAGAGAGAAAUGGCAAAACUUAAUUCAACCAAUUCAAACAAACGAUUGCCAGAAAAUUCUACUAAUAAGUAAUUAAUUACUUACUAAACUAUGAAGUUGAAUAGAUUUCAAUAACUUUUUUU